AUGGAUUCCAAAAAUUCAAAACUAAACAGGGAUAAGUUACCUCCAGUAACAACCAACGUUUCCAGCACUGCAACUUACUUGAUAGUUCAUGCGACUGGUGAUAAACCACUGUCAAAAUGCUCUCCAUUUCUUAUUCAAAAAAUAUUUGAAUCAACUAUUGGGCACUUGAAAAAGAUACAAAAAUCGAGGUCAGGGGACCUGCUGGUAGAAACAGCCUCACCUCAACAAACAGUAAAUCUAUUGGCAACAAAAACACUUGGAGACAUGGAAGUCACUGUCACCCCACAUGGAAGUCUAAACUCAUCACGUGGGGUGAUAUCCGAGAUUGAUCUGAUGUCUGAAGACAAAUCAGAUAUACAGAUCGGUCUUUCAGAUCAAGGAGUCAUUGCUGUCUGA